AUGGAUAUUGAUUUUGCUUAUAGAGAAGACGUCAUUUAUGAAAAGGAUCUUAUUGAGAACAAACUUUCUUCUUUAUUAACUUCUUCACAAUCACUUGGCUAUAAAAAUAAGUGGGCUUUAAAGCUUAAAGAGCUUGAAUAUCGGGAAAAAGAUUUAACUUUUAGCAUUAAAAGAACGUGA